AUGGAUCGCCUGAUUAUGAGAAAAACUAUGGCAAGUGCAUCUACUUUGCUUACCACAAGUUUCAUAAAGAAUACUUCUGGAUUAAUGUUUUCUGGUAGCCACAAUUACAGACUAAUUCAAGUUAAUCAUAAAAAAUUUGCAUUAGCUAGAACAGAUCUACAAAUAAGUUCUGAAAUGCUUGGAUCUCUAAUUAAUGGUGUAAAAUCUGCAAUAGGAUCAAUUGGUGGAUUAACAAAUAUGAAUGUUGGAAUAGAAAUACCUGGUUUUGUAAAAAAUAUGUUUUCUAAAAAUCCAACUCAAUCAAAAUCAUCGUCAAAUUCAUUUAAGGCUGAUUCAGAUAGACCAAAGUUUAUCAAAAAGGAGGAUGAAGGUGAUUCAGAAUCAUCUAGUGGUGGUAAUAGUGAAAAAGAUAAUGAUGAGAAUGAUGGUGAAGAUUCUGGAGCACAUAAAAAUAAACGUGGUAUUCCAGCACAAGAUGAUGAAUUCAUGGUGCUUAAAAAAAAAUUGAUAGAAGUUUGUAAUAUUUUAAUGAGCAUUGAUCAUAAAGAGGCAUUAAAAUUACCAAGUAUUGUAGUAAUCAGUAGUCAAAGCUCUGGCAAAAGUUCUGUAUUAGAAGCAAUUGUUGAAGAAUAUGGUGAAUUUCCUCAACUUGGAUUAGGAAAAAUACAUGAUUUUUUACAUAUACAACAAACAUUACAUGAUCUUAAUUUGGCAGCACCAGAGUCUGAAUAUUUGCCUGGUUACAUUCAAGUCACAAAUAAAAACCAACCUGAAACUUUAAAAGAAAAAAUUGUUGAAUUAUGUGAGCAAUAUAUCAGAGAGCCAAAUAUUAUAUUAGCAGUAUGUUCUGCUGAUAUAUAUUUGGCAAAUUCAGAAGCUUUAAAAGCUAUUGAACCAGAAAUUGGUGCAAGUAUAUUAAGAAACACCGAUUAUCCAUUACAUCUAGGUUAUAUUGGUAUCCAAAUUGGUACUGGAACUUUAUGUAGGAAACUUAUGGAAGUGUUGGAGGAAAAUAUGGCAAAAUCAUUGUUUUCAAUUGUUUCAGCAGUCCAAUCAGAAUUAGAAGAGGCUCGUUAUCAAUUUAAAGUACAAUAUAACGACAGACGAAUGACAGCAGAAUCUUAUGUUGCUGAAACCAUUGACAGCAUUAAACAUAAUUUCAAAGACUUUGCACAUUCUUUUGGAAAACCUCAAGUUAGAAAUGAAGUACGUGCUAUGUUAGAGCAAAGAGUGCUAGAUCUUUGUGCAGAGUUAGGAUCAAAUAUGGUCACUCGGAGACCAAUUGAGCUAACAUUAAUACAUACGUCUAAAUCUAAAGAAGAAUAUGGUGAAUUUCCUCAACUUGGAUUAGGAAAAAUACAUGAUUUUUUACAUAUACAACAAACAUUACGUGAUCUUAAUUUGGCAGUACCAGAGUCUGAAUGUGUUUCCAACAAACCAAUUGAACUUCGUAUCUAUUCACCCAAUGUUCCUGACUUGACUUUAAUAGAUUUACCUGGUUACAUUCAAGUCACAAAUAAAAACCAACCUGAAACUUUAAAAGAAAAAAUUGUUGAAUUAUGUGAGCAAUAUAUCAGAGAGCCAAAUAUUAUAUUAGCAGUAUGUUCUGCUGAUGUAGAUUUGGCAAAUUCAGAAGCUUUAAAAGCUAGUCGCAAAGUAGACUCUUUAGGUUUGCGUACUAUUGGUGUUAUAACAAAAAUGGAUUUAGUUGAACCAGAAAUUGGUGCAAGUAUAUUAAGAAACACCGAUUAUCCAUUACAUCUGGGUUAUAUUGUGUUGGAGGAAAAUAUGGCAAAAUCAUUGUUUUCAAUUGUUUCAGCAGUCCAAUCAGAAUUAGAAGAGGCUCGUUAUCAAUUUAAAGUACAAUAUAACGACAGACGAAUGACAGCAGAAUCUUAUGUUGCUGAAACCAUUGACAGCAUUAAACAUAAUUUCAAAGACUUUGCACAUUCUUUUGGAAAACCUCAAGUUAGAAAUGAAGUACGUGCUAUGUUAGAGCAAAGAGUGCUAGAUCUUUGUGCAGAGUUGUAUUGGACAGAUAAAAGGAUUGUUGACUUGCCAAAAACACCGCCCGAUGAUCUUUAUUGGCAAUAUAAACUUGACAUGAGUUCUGCCACACUUACUAAAAGCGGUAUAGGAAGAACAAGUACUCAAUUAGUAGUAGAUGUAUUAAUGGCAAAUAUGGAGAAAUUAGCAUCAAUGGAACCAUUGAAUCAUCACCCAGAUACUAGUAAAAAAGUGCUUAAUUUUAGUAAUGAAAUUUUACGUAACAAAUUUCCCACCACCGCUGAUCAAGUUGAAAAUUGUGUAAAACCUUAUAAAUAUGAAGUUGAAUGUAAUGAACAAGAAUGGGCCGAAGGUUUAAAGAGAUCGAUUUUACUUGUAGAAAAAGAAUUAGAGUAUUGUGAUACUGUCUUACAACAAAUCAAAAAUACUGAAGUUAUAAAAAAAUUAAGAGCUGCAAUAAAAUAUAUUCUAGAUGGAGAAAAAGAAGCAGCUAAACGUGCAAAUGUUAAGGCAAAAGAAAGUUCUGUUACAGAAAUCAACGAGGAAGUUACAAUCAUCCAUAAUAUACCGUCAGCGUCCAAUAAAGUUAUCGAAGAAAAUGAUUAUGACAAUCAUCGUCUACAUUUCAAUGCAAAAUUACUUGAAAAAGCUCGUGAAGCAAUAUUUCUUCGGGAUCGCUCCAUGAUACUUAAAUAUCGUUUAGCUGCUCUCAAGUCAAGACAAUGCAAGUUACCUGAAAACAAGCAAUUUUGUCCUGAAGCAUUUUUAAAUGUUGUGGCUGAGAAACUUACAUAUACCGCUGUGAUGUUUAUUCAAGUGGAAUUAUUAAAUGAAUUUUUCUUUCAAUUUCCAAGAGAAGUUGAUAAUCGUCUCAUUUAUGACUUGGAUCGAAAACAAAUAUUAUCUUUUGCAAAAGAAAAUCCUUACAUUUGCAAGCAUUUGGAAUUACAAGAAAGAAAACGUAAAUUAGAAGAGGUGAUGGAAAAGUUAAAUUAUCUUGUAAGACGACAAAGAGAUAUUGAAGGACGUAAAAGUCCAACCUAA